AUGCCGACCAUCGAAGAGCUGAAGGCCAACAUCGCCACCGCUCGAGCCGCCCGCGACCGCGCCGAGAUGAACCUGUGGGACGCCUGCAAAGCGCACAAAACCGCAACAAAAGCGAAAGAGACUGUACGCAAAGCGCAAGAAUGGGAGGUCAGCCCGGAAUGGUGGAAGAAAAAUGCUUUCGGUCUGCGUCGUUGCCGGAGUCGUUGUGUUCGUGAUCUGAUUCUUGAUCGGGCUGACUCGGUCCCGUGUGCGAAGCAAGCGGAGCCAGCGAUUAUUACGAGAUAUGUGGCCGUUCCGGUGGACACGAGCAGUGGAUAG